GUAACUUUUCUUGUCGAUUCGCACAGGAGACACACGCAAUGGCUCGUACCAAGCAGACCGCCCGUAAGUCCACUGGAGGGAAGGCCCCCAGGAAGCAGCUGGCCACCAAGGCCGCUCGCAAGAGCGCCCCGGCCACCGGAGGUGUCAAGAAGCCUCACCGUUACAGGCCCGGCACCGUGGCUCUCAGGGAGAUCCGUCGUUACCAGAAGUCCACCGAGCUGCUCAUCCGCAAGCUGCCCUUCCAGCGCCUGGUCAGGGAAAUCGCCCAGGACUUCAAGACCGACCUUCGCUUCCAGAGCUCUGCCGUCAUGGCUCUGCAGGAGGCUAGCGAGGCCUACCUGGUCGGUCUCUUCGAGGACACCAACCUGUGCGCCAUCCACGCCAAGCGUGUCACCAUCAUGCCCAAGGACAUCCAGCUGGCCCGCCGUAUCCGUGGCGAGCGUGCUUAAACACCCAGCCUGACCCAAGUAACCCCGGCCCUUUUCAGGGCCACCCACAUUUUCCAAAAAGAACCAUGUUGUCGUCAUGUUAUCCCUUCUUAACACGCGUCGACUGAUCAACGUACAUUCAGAAACACGUGCCACACACAACACCUAUUAUUUAUUUGCGCGCUACAUGUAACGUUACGUGUAUAAUGUGGGGAGGGAGAGAGGACAGAAACAGCAGUCUGAGCAAAGUUGUCAGAAACGAAUGCAUUUUCGCCCUUCUUUGGGUCUUACUUUUAAUUUAACCCAUGAUUUAACAUACUGUGUAGUGCGACUGGACAUUGAAAUCCCGUCGUUCAUAAAUUUACAUGGUGCCUAUGCUAACGUUCGCCUGCAACCGCCAUGUUCGCCUUCUCCUAGGUCCGUAUACUAAAGCCCUAAUCUCCCAGCGGAUUCGUUCGGGGGCAUGCAGGGGACGAUCAAACAUUU